AUGGCCUUGGAGGCUUUGGGCGUCGCCUCAAGCGUCAUUGCAGUAAUCGAAAUAUCCGGACGCGUUGCAGCAAUAUGCUUCCAGUACUCGAAAGGAGUGAAAGAUGCAAAGUCAGAAGACAACCGUCUACUACGAGAGGUCAACAACCUCGGCGAGACGACGAGCAGUGUCCAGGAUUUACUCGAUGGCCCCUGUGAGACCACACUGAAGACGUCGAGCAAGCUCUUGGAUGCGAUUGAAGAGGCACGGAUUCAUUUGAGUAAAUUAAAAGACGAUUUGAGGCCGUCGUCGGCCCAAAAAGCAUUCCGUAGGCUGAGAGUUGGCGCACUCAAAUGGCCGCUAAAGAGCAAAGAUGUGGAAAAAGUCGUCAAGCAACUUGGACGAUGCGGGCAGAAUAUAUCACUUGCUCUGCAAGUCGAUCAAACGUCCAUCCUACUUAGUCUUGAUCAAAAGGCCUUCUUGAGUCGCCUGCCUAUGGCAGCUGGAGCAACAUACGAUUCCUCCAGUGAAGAGAGCAACCCGAUCUGCAUGGAAAAUACUCGUGUCUCUCUUUUAGAUUAG